UGGCACCUCGGGGUGUCAAUGUUUCGUGAUUUCUUUUCGCAACACAAAAUUCGGCUGGGAUUUAUUAAAGUGCGUCGUCUCGUACAAACUUAAAGGUUCUUGAUCAACACCAGAACACGAGGCGUCGCGUUAGCUAUUACAUUCAAGCUACUUUGACGUAGACAACGUGACGACAUUCUUCGCGACGACGAUCAACAGUCGAGAAGAUCUUUGUGCGAUAAGCAUUUGAGUCAAGCGCACUCCCGCACACGUACUUUUGGCGAUCUCGUAGAUUCUCAUCAACCCAAAAUCGAAAUCGACAAGAGAGAUCCGUUGAAAUGCGAGGGAUGACCGUCGCAGCCGGUUGCAAGACGAUUUAUGGACGCUACGACAAAGCCGACGAUACCGAUCGUUUAUAUAACUCGACAAUGACGGAGGCGCUGGCGAACCAAUAAACCACGGACGUUGAAUUGUCAAAGAUAACACGAUCCGAAACGAAGGUAAAUCCGUUGGAAACACAAUCCCGCUCAUCAUCAGAGAUGGCGACCAGCAGUCCUGGACAAUCGAUCCGUGUCAAGUCCCCGAGGAGUCCGCGGCAUUUACCGCCGCUACCUCGUUCCCAACAGCAGCAGCAGCAGCAGCAACAACAACCGGCACCGAUCGCCGAGUCGCGCAAUUCGAUUCACCGCGAACAGUCGCUAAACAAAUCGCCCGGCACUCCGCUAGUUUUCGAGUUUCCGCCCGAGUACUCCCUGGAAACGUUCAAUACCAAUUUCGACUACGACGAAUUUGGACGCGCCGGCGAGCACGAGCAGCAUCGCGGACCCAAGAGUCCCAGUUAUUACUCGCGUGGGGGAGCGGGCCCGUCGCCGCGUUCCCCUAUGACUCCCAUAACUUCCGUGACUCCCAACAGCGAGAUCUUGCACUCGCCCGGUCACAAAUCGCCGAUCUUCAAAUUUUGCGAUCCGCGCAAGAAGAAUCUGAAGCAGGCCGCGAGCUAUCCCGCGACCUCGUCAUCAUCCAUAAACGAUCGCAACAGAUCGACCAACUCGCCUUCCGGUUACGUUGGUCAGAGGAACGCGAAUAAGCCGUUCGAUCGGCAAAGGGAUUCCUUCUAUCGUCUGACUUUCGAAAAUCCUAUGUCGCCGACUAUAGUAACCUCGACGUCGUCGCACGACGCUACCAGCCCGCAACUGGAUCGGAACUCGGAGCUGGAAAAUGAUAUCGCGAAUACCGGCAGAGAGAGCAGAGGAUAUAAGAGCAAGACGCCUUCUCUGGAGAGUACUUCUUCCGGUGUGCAGGAAAAAGCCAUCGAGGGAAAUAGCGAAAGGUCGAGAGGCAUCAAGAUGGGCGGGCACUUUGCCAAGAGUCAGGGUUGUCUGAACGAGGCUGGCCAGGAUCCUCCAGGGGGAUCGAACGAAUGUUCGAAACACGGAAAGGGUGAGAAAAACAUAUCCCGACGAUCGACCAGCGAUUUGACGGAUAUGGGCGAUGCCGAUACCGAGAUCACUUGGCUAUCCGGUUCCAGACGAAGAGGAUCCAUGAAAGGCGGCCUCGCUUAUCUGGCAUCAAGACGCAACUCCCGCGACAGCCAGUACUCCAACAAGUCCAACGUUACCAACGAGAGCGUGGGUCCUUUAAACUCCGGCGCGUACAUACGCGGCCGGCAACGCAGAACGUCGAAUUUCCUCGAGCUGCCUGUACCGGACCACAUACGACCUCGUGUGCACAGUUUGCCAGAAAAGGCGUACAAUCCGCGCGCCAGCGAUGAUUUGUAUAGACUCCGUGCGUUCAGCAUCACCCACAAAGGCGUCGUAAAUCGCGGCGAUUCCAUCAUGUCCAGACGCAGUAGAAGCAACACUUCCGUCAACAACAGCAGCAGAAACAGCAAUGUGUCGGGCGAGAGAUCGCCGUUUGACGGUUCCUGUUGCAGCGGACAGGACAUUAGCACCGACAGCAAAAGCGAGGAAACUAUUUCGAAGUAUCGAGUCGUCUUGCUGGGAUACUCCGGGGUGGGAAAGACAGCCCUGGUCUCGCAAUUCAUGACGAGCGAAUACAUAAACACGUACGAUGCCAGUCUAGACCGUCGUAUUUAUGUUAUAGACGACGAGUUUGGCGAGAAGACCGUUUCUAUUCUGUUAGAUGACGAGGAAUCGGAUAUGGUUUUUAUCGAUCAUCCGCACGUGGAAAUGAGCGUUGAAAACUCAUUGUCGACUUACGAGCCACAUGCCUGUAUCGUCGUCUAUUCGAUCGUUUCACGUAAAAGCUUUGAUGUGGCCGAGGAGAUACUCAACUACCUGUGGCAAGAGCAUUAUACACAAGAGCACACGGUUAUCGUCGUUGGCAACAAGGUCGAUCUGGCCAGAAGCCGGCAAAUUUCAAAAAGUGAAGGAAAACAGUUGGCCACGUCGCGCGAGUGCAAGUUCAUCGAAGCGUCCAGCGGACUCCAGCAUAAUGUGGACGAGCUUCUGGUUGGAAUUCUGAAGCAGAUACGUCUGCGUGAGACUCGCGAAAAGAAGCUUCGGCGACAGGGCAGUAAAAACAAACUGUUGUCGAAAUUGCACAAUAGCAAGACCGCUUUAACCUUGAGCAUAGCCAAAGACAUUCUCAAUAAAAUGUGCUUGAACGACAGCAAGAGCAAGAGUUGCGAAAAUCUCUACGUGCUGUGAAGUAUUUAUAACCGUGUAAGGCGGAUAUGUCGCGAGAGAAUUUUUAUUGCGAGUGGGAGAAUGGAAGAUUCUCUUGCGACUAUUGUUUUUUUCGACCGAGUGGAAACGCGAGACGGUAAUCUCAAUCGAGACGCUUUAUAUGCGUAUAUACCGCGAUUGCGUGACAUUUUGAUUUCUCCCUCAUCUCCAGGCGAAUGUUAUGCAGUCGCACGGCAGAUCGACCAAGACCUCUUCCUGGUGGAAGGUCGUAACGAUUUUUACGACUCGCGUACUGAUUACGCAUCCUGCCGGAUGUUCCGGUGAGGAGUCGUUGUUACUUAUCUCUAUCUGCAUGUUCGCCGCUCACCCCCUUCGAACUUUUUUGUUCCCGCAACGUGGCUCUGCGUGACAUUAUCUCGUAUAUUUCCAUCAUGUGCAGCGACGCUGGUUCGAAGUGUGUAUGUAAGAAGACCUCGUUUGUAUGUUAUUACUUGCUUGGUUUCGCGCGUUUCGCUAAACAAAGAAAUAAAAUUUGUUUUGACUUUCACACAUUUUACCG